CGGACGACAGCAACGACGUCGACGACGACAACGACGAGUAUAGUGGAACCCCGUCAGCAGCAGCAGCAGCAGGUCUCGACCGAAUUGGUCAGGCGGUAGUUGUGGAGUGCGAGUGUGGUGUGUGACACCAUCAUCAUCAUCAGCAACAGUAGCAGCAGCAGCAGCAGCAGCAACUCUUCUUCCCGAAAGCCACAGUGACAGUGGACAAGUGUGUGGAUCGGAUUUUGGGUUGAUUUUCCUGCGGACGGAUUCGGUUCGGGAGGAACCUUUUCCGUCGUUUCGCGGAGAGUUGUGUGUGCAAUUUCAAGGGGGACACUAGGGCUGCUGGACCAAGGCGAAGUCGACCAAGUGUUUGAGUUGAAAAUUCCCGAUUGCUGGUGUUGGGGAACCUUGCUGGGUUGCAUGAGGGUUAGCUUCCGAGGACCGUGGAUGGACUCCGGUGGACAGUGAUAUCAGUUUAUCGAGGUUUGUUGAACAGGACUCGGGUGAAAGCGAAAAGGAUUCAGUUUUCCGUUUUUUUUCCAAGGGAUUCGCUCUUGGUGGUAGGCAGCCUGCUUCUUCUUCGUCUCGUGUGCUGCCAGAAAAGUGCGUAUUCUUGGUAUUGUUCCUGGCGCUGGUGCUGCUGGUGCUGUUCUCUCCCGAAUAUCUCUCGCCUCUCGGUGUGUUUAUAAUAAAUUAGUUGCUGAGCUUGUCGUCUGGUGGCGCUGCUGGGGAUGGCCUGGUGCGUUGAUGGAAAAUGUAGGCUAUUCAGUGUUCAACAAUAGCGGAUCUCUUUCGGAAGAGACGGAAAGAGCGAGCUAGCGAGCGAGUGCUUGUUGUGUUGGUAGCAGUCAGGCGUAUGUGCACAGCGAAUGGCAGUGAUUAGUGGAGGAAAAUUGUGGGUGGUGGGUGGAAAAACAACACGCGAAGAAAAGUGCUGAUAUUCGGUGGCCGUGAGUGUUGACGGAUUUUUCCCUUCUCCAAACCUAGGAAAAAAGUGAGCUCGUGAGAAAAGCGCGAGCGAACGAAGAAAGAACGGAAGGUGAGAGUGAGUCACCGCUAUUAGUCCUGGGUGAAGGAAUUUGCCCGAAAGAGAAGUGAGAAGCGAGAGAGUGGGAGAGUGAAGCGAAAAGAGCCAUCUGAGGAGAACCGAGCCGGAGUGAAGUGGCGUUUUAAUCAGUGACCUCGUAGUACGCAUGAGUUGUGAUAUCGAUUGAUUGCGCACGCAAACCCUUUGCUCGCCGCGCCAUCUCGCUACAAUGUACUCUGUAAUGCCGUUUGGGGCCAUCAUCGAGAAGCAGGGAUCGGCAUCCUGCAGCGCGUACCGUAGUAGCCGCGGAUGAGCGAAAAGUUUGACGGACCGUUGCCAGUAGCCGUCCCAGAAUCGCGGUUCGCGUCGUCCUAUUCGAACGAAUUCUUCCGGCCAACGGGCCAGUUCCGGUCGCGAGUGGUGUCUAGUGUUGAAAAACCCAGCAGUACUAGUGUGUGCGAUCAAGAUGGCCGCAAGUGUUCCACGACGACGAGCAGUGUCAGUGUUGAGAAACAGUGCUACAGCCAGCCACAGCAGCAGAAUACCGUGUCCCGUUGCAGCAGUGCAGCGAUACCACUAAGAAGCAUACGCAAGGACGUUAGAAAACUGAGAUGAUGGGGCCAUGAGCCCGAGCCCCGAGGUCAUCAAGAGUCGCAAGUGCGUCUCAAGCGGGCCUGCACCAUGCUAGCGCCGCCGAACCCGAGGUCAAUAUGCGGCCAGGACCCGGGCUGGUCGUGAUGGCGCUUGCGUUUAUUUCGGGGGCUCGGCGAGGCACCAGUCAACAGAGCAGUGCCAGUCAAGGUAGCAAGUUGGGCAAAUUUGAGGAAGACAAUACGGAAGCACUAUCACGGAUAAAUCCGUGGUUGUCAGCGUGCGAUCUGGCGCAACCCAACUCAGCACCGGAUCUCCAGGGUCAAUGUUCAGCCGGUACACUGCCUGUGGCCUGGAUAAACGAAGGUCCUGGUCCACCGCGGUGUCCACCGCCAUGCUCGGCUAAGUCUAAUAAUAAAAAUAGUAAUACUAAGGCAAACAAUACUGAUAAUACUAAAUAUAACAUGGAGAACCGGUUAAAUGAUAAACAACAGUGCCUUGACUAUUUGGGCGAUAAUGAAGAGUUAAGUCCAGCACAAAUUUGUAAAAAAUCGUCACAAAGUAUUGAGACCAAGUUGAAAACGUUACGUUUAAGACAUUGUUGUGAACGUACUGUUGGCAGCGCGCUGCACAACGAGGCGUACGCCAGAGUGUUGCGCGGUGGUUCAGAAUGUGUUAGGAUGCUGAGUGACCUGCUGGAGACAGACGCGCUGGCCGCCAGGCUCACCUGCGAGUUCACCGAGGUGCUGGUGCGGUACGACUGCGGACAGAAGUACUCGAUUAUCCACCGUUGCGAUGACUGCAAGGAGGCAUAUCGAAGGUGGGGUUGUACCAUUUUACUGCCAUACUUUGCGACGACGGAGGAGGUAGCGGACAUGAGUAGCAUGAGCAGCAGCAGCAGCAGCAGUAGAGACAGCAGCAGUGGAAGUGGAAGUUCCUCCCGAGGAAGCAGUUCCAGCACCAGCAACAAAAGUGUUAACAAUAAAACCGGAAACGACGGUGAUCGAAGGGCGACCCAGGGUAAAUCGAACGCCAACUACCGUGGGGACGUACCAACCAAGCAGACUGAACCGAAUUUGAACGAUGCGAGUAAGCAACAACUAGCAGCAAAAAAUAUAUCAAUCACUCCGAAAAGUUCACGCCGAAAAACGCAACGAGUACGAAUACGACCGUGUCUAGAUGUAUGUCAAACCGUAGAGCAAAAAUGUCCGUACAUGCUGCCGGGUGACCGGGCUCCUGCGUUACCCACGCAGUACGCCGGUGAACCAACGUUUCUUUGUCGAGAUCUGAACAUCGAAGAAACGUACGAACAAUUGCUAAAGUCCAACAGUGGUCCGGCUGAGUGCUGCUACGACUACUGUGGGUCAAAUCCUCAAGCUGGUGUCUGCUCGAGGUGUGACCCACUGCUGUACGAGGACGACGACCCCGAGGAGGUUCAGGCGGAGACAAACAUGCGAAAGGAAAGUCCCAAUACCGGGAAAAGUGGAUUCGCAAAUAGCACGCAUGCCAGCAACAGCAGUAGCAUCAGUAAUACCAUCAGCACUCCCAGCAGCAGUAGCAGUAGACGGAACCUCCUCGCUGAGCUACGGUUUAGUAGCGAGCUGCCGCCCCGAUUAGCCACGUGUCCGAGCAUAACAAGCGCAACAACCCCGUCAUCACCAUCGGAACAUUGCAAAUCAUCGCAGCAGCUUUUACUUCAACGCCAACAAUCCAGAACGAUCACCACCAAAAACACCCUCAGUACUGAUACCCUUCCAUCGAGGUCGUCGUCAUCGGCAUUGACGGCGACCGCAGUGACGACGACCGCGGCGACGGCGGCAUCAUCAUCAGCCCCAUCGCUAGCAUCAUCGUCAUCAAUUAUUAAACUAACUAGUAUAAAGUCGAUUUAUAACGUUUACUUUAAUAACUCGUGGUCGAUGAGGUUGCGGUGUCUAGACGAAUUUGUCGCAUGGACGAAAAUCCUGCUCCAACUAGUCGGGUUAUAGUUAAGGAGAAACAUUGGGCGCUAACCGGUUAGGUCGAAUGAAAACAAUACACACACACACUCAUACAUAACACACUCGGAUACACACACACAAAUGCAUACACAGAAGACGCCAGACGUGCUUAUGCGUCAACCGAAGUUCGCCCAACAAAGGAAACUACUCGACAAACAAAGCAAAACAAACAAAAAUCAAGUCAGUGUAAAACGAAAACAACAGAAAACCCCGAAUUGUAACAUCAAACAAACAAAUAAACGCAAACAAAUGGAAUGUAUCAAGAACAAACCAGUGAUUGAGCAAGAAGAAGAAGACGGCCGAACGUCCGAUUCGCAGUGCGAAUCCGACCGAAACAGCUCCGUGAGGUAUUUCAAUUUGCGGAAAAUAGCAACAACAGCAACAACAAACAACAGCCGAUGAUUAACAGAUUGAAGCACAAAAAUUUAAUACUGAGCUCCUCCUCUCCUCGGCCGGGCUUCGCGGGUGCCACCCGUCGAUCGUUCCUCCACCGGUCCGGCCCCAGGGCCAGUAGUGGAUCAACCCGGACCAGUGAUCUGGCAUCUGCCGCUACGCUUACGGGAUGGAAAAUAAACAAAUAUGGGGAGAAAAUCUCGGUGCAAAAUACGGUUGACGUGUGCGUGCUAUCGCGAGUGCGAGUGAUGUGUUUUCAUUACUUUCUUCUUCUUUUUUUUUCGAAGGGAAUUGGCUGUGUUUGGGAAAGUGGGUUGCCGAUGGAGGGCGAUCGAUCGCGGUGCCGAUACAAGUGGAAAGGAGGGGGGAGCGAGCGAAUAAUAAAUGGGAAAUGGACAAUUUUAGGUGAAAUAAUAAAGAAAUUAUUAAUUGUUAAGUAAAGUGAGAAAACUAAUAGACGUAAACGAAAGCUAACAGUAGAAGAAGAUAAGGCAAGAAAAGGUUCAACAGAUAAACAAACAUUAAACAGUUUUUACAAGAUGCAAAGAAAAACCAACACGUGUAAGCAAGCAAGUAUUUUUCGAGUUCGAUUUUUUCCGUUGUUAAGUUUCAAGCUAUUUUCGAGCG